AUGAAUGAUUCCAUCGUCACCAAUCCUGUCCUCCUUCGACCCGGCCCUCCACCUCCACUCCGAAGAGCCCACCAACACAUCCAAUCCCCCUCCGAGUCCUUCGACGACGACCUCGAAGCAAUCCACCUAGCACGCGCGGAUUUAACCCGCAAUAAAGUCGUGAUCCAGCAUCGAGCCUGGAACUUGUCCGAUGUAUUUCGCAGCGACGACGAUUUAAAGCCUGAUACACCGACAAAGUCCUCCCUCGAAACGCCGCGAGCAACAGCCUACACACCAACCCGUAACUCCACCAUACUCCCUUCCUCUCCUCCGUUUCCAAAUAUGCCUUUCAUUUCGCCGCUCGGCACCUCAUACGAGAAUGCGGCCGGUGAGAAGCGAAAGGCCGGGGAAGUAGACGAAAGUCCGCAACAGACCGAACCCAAGCGACAGAAAUUCGUCGGAGGAUUCGUUGAUGAUGAUGAUGACGACGAGGAAGACGACGAGAUGGCCGCACUCAGGGAUGAACAGUUGAAAAGCCAGUUCGAAUUGCCUGAGAAUCCCGAAGCUCAACUUCCUGGCAUACCUCCUAUGGACCUGUCUAAACCGAAUGAUUUCACACCCGAAGUUCCGACCAUACAGCCUGAAAUGACCAUUCGAACAGCGCCUGCUCCCUUGAAAAGAUUUCAGAUCAAGACUUGCGCAGGGAAGACACACAAUGUUUCCUUGAAGAAGACCCAAGCCCCAGUUUCCUAUGAGCGCAUGAUUGCCAGUCGAUCUGAAGCGGAUCCUGGAAGAGCGAGGACAAGCUACUAUGGUAUUGAUAUUCACCAGAUGAUGGAUGAUGCUGCGAAUGAAAUAAAAGCUGCCGCGGCAGCACCUCGGCCGCCUGUCCAGCCAUCCAUAGAAAAACACGAUGGAGAUGCGAAGCAGAAGAAAUAUGAUUCGAUGAUGUGGACAGAGAAAUACCGUGCUCGCAAGUUCACCGAUCUAAUUGGAGAUGAACGUACGCACCGAGCCGUCCUUCGCUGGCUGAAGGGAUGGGAGCCGAUUGUCUUCCCGGGUCUAUUCAAGUCUCGUUCCAAGAAGUUCAAAGAAGAGGAUGACGAAGAGCGCUAUCACCGGAAGGUCCUCUUAUUGAGUGGACCUCCUGGAUUGGGAAAGACGACAUUGGCACAUGUCUGCGCCAAACAGGCAGGCUACGAGGUGCUCGAGAUCAACGCCAGUGACGAACGCAGCAGAGAUGUGGUUAAGGGCCGCAUCCGCGAUGCACUGGCAACGGAGAACGUCAAGGGUGCCAAUGUCGAAGUCGGCGAGAACAAGGUCCGUCGAGCUGCGAAGCCCGUCUGUGUCGUCGUCGACGAAGUCGAUGGUGUCGUUGGCGGAGCUGGAAGUGGUGGUGAGGGGGGUUUCAUGAAAGCCCUCAUUGACCUAGUCCUGCUUGACCAGCGCAACUCAAACCGUCCUUCGGAAGACAGCAAAGGCAAGAAGCGCAAGGGCGAUAAUUUCCGUUUUCUUCGACCUUUGAUUUUGGUCUGUAACGACCUAUACCACCCAAGUCUCCGGCCCCUCCGGGCCUCGUCUAUCGCCGAGAUGAUUCAUGUCCGACAAGCCCCGCUGGAGAACGUCGUCCAACGAGUACGGAGCAUCUUUACCCGCGAAGGUAUUCCAUGCGAUAACGACGGAGCCCGCCGGCUUUGUGAAGCAGCCUGGGGCAUCACGAAUCGAAGACAGCGCUCCACCAAGAACAGCGGAUCUGCCGAGGGUGAUAUCCGCAGCGUCCUCGUCGCCGCAGAAUGGGUUGCACAUAAGCUACGCAAUGAGCGUUCGUCCGCUCUACGAUUGACCCGAAACUGGCUCGAGAACCGAGUACUCAGUGCUUCCACGGAAGGCGGCUCAUUCUUCAAAGAAAUGAGCCGUGGAGGUGUCCGCGAGAUUGUGAACCGCGUUUUCACUGAAGGUGCCGGAUUCACUGAUGCUCCCGUCGGAGUGACCUCCUUCCAGGAUAAGUUCGAUGAUGCGAAUACCCGUGUCCCUGUUGGUGUGGCGGAUCUCCGUAAACGACAUGGUAUCAAUCGACUGCGGGAGAUGGUGGAUUCAAGCGGUGACCAUGACCGUUGUGUUACUGAUUGUUUUGCGGCAUACCCCAUCCAGCAAUACCAGGACGAUACUUUUCUUUCGAAACCGAAUGCUGCUUAUGAAUGGUUGCAUUUUCACGACUGCAUCUCCGCAAAAGUCCAUUUUUCUCAAGAAUGGGAGUUGAGUCCCUACCUCAGCCAGUCUGUACUGGGGUUUCAUCACCUCUUCGCUUCGGCUGCUGGCAAGAUCGACGCCCAGGAAAAAGAUGAGGACGAUGAAGAGGCCAAAGAAGAACACCCUUUUUCUGGCCCGCGAGCCGACUUUGCUGCUUUCGAAGCACUGAAGGCAAACCGUGCAAUCCUGACUGGUUUUCACACUUCUUUCUCUGCACCUAUCGUCCGGAUCUUCCGAUCCUCCGAGUCGGUCGUUACGGAUCUAGUCCCCUACCUCGUGCGCAUGCUCUCACCAGACGUCAAACCGGUGAUUGUCCGCGGAGGCGGCGAGCAGAGAAGUACAGCCACCGUCCGCAAAGACUCCGAGAAAACACUCGUACAAUCUGCCGCCCGCGUCAUGGCAGGGAUGGGAGUGACUUUCGAGAAAGUACGCGUUGAGCACGAAGGCGGAGGCCACGGCGGCUGGGCUUACAGAAUGGAGCCACCAAUCGACUCGCUAGUCUCCUUCUCCAGAAUGCCUCUCAGCAUGGCAUCCGGAGGUAGCGCACCAGUGCGGUAUGCCGUCCGACAAGUACUCGACCAAGAAUACCGGAAAGAAACCACGCGCAAACAAGCAGAGUCCGUUACUGCCGCUACUGGCGGGAAGUAUCCCCAAGUCAAAUCAGCGUCAGAACCCGGCGAUACGGCGAAGAAAGCUAUGAAAGAGGGCGUUGUCAAGCGAGAUUUCUUUGGCCGAAUUAUUCAGGAUCCUAGCCCCAAGGGUAAAGGCGGCGAGGAUAAAGAUGGUCACGAUCCGGCGAAUGAGUCGGCCAAGGCCGGGAGGAAGGUUUGGAUUACUUAUCAUGAAGGAUUCUCGAAUGCGGUGCGCAAACCUAUUUCGAUGGCUGAGCUUUUGACUGGGUUAUGA